AUGGCAGAAAUUGAUGACUCUGUUUUUUUUGAUAUUGAACACAUUCUCAAUGAAGAAGAGCUAGCAGAGCUGUGGUUCGAGGAAGAAGAAGAAAUGCAGGAUGCAGGAAUAUGGGAGUACAACUCAGAAGAUGAAAUGCAGGAUGGCAACCAAGAAGAACAGCAACAGCAGCCACAGACAGAAACUAAUGUUCUCAACACACAAAUGCAACAGCAAGGUCAUGAAGGGACUGGUCUUGUAUGCAGAAAACAAUUAACUUUGCAGCAAAGAAGAAAGAUUGUUGAUGCAAUUUUGCUGAAAAUGAGCAAUGGGACUUUACCAAGGGGUCACAUGAAGCAAUUAGCAUCUGAAUUUAAUGUCCACAAAUCAACAAUCACAAGAAUCUUUUCAGACAUAAAAAAACAGCUGGCAACAGGGGACUUGAUUGAUGUCAGGACCAAAAAAUUUGGCAAAACAGGGAGAAAGCCAAUGGAGAUUUCUGAUGAAACUCUCCAGUCAGUCCCAUUACAUUUAAGGCAGACAGAAAGAAGCUAUGCAGGAGCAUUGAAGAUCAGUCUAACUACAGUUCACAAUUUGAAGAAAAGAGGCAGGCUAAGAACACACACAUGCUGCAACAAACCAUUGCUCACAUCAGACCACAAGGUUGCCAGACUAAGAUGGAUUUUGUCACAUAUAAAUCCAAUUACAGGGAAUGAGGACCCCACAUUUGUUGACAUGAGGAAUGUCAUACACUGUGAUGAAAAGUGGUUCUACUUGAACCCUGACAAAAGGAGGUUCUACCUACUGCCAUGUGAGGAGGAUCCCUAUAUGGCAGUUCAGUCAAGAAGAUUCAAACUAAAGGCAAUGUUCAUGGCAAUCAUAGGGAAGCCAUUAUAUGGCAUAAAUGGGGAACUUUUACAUGAUGGAAAGUAUGGCAUCUUUCCAUUCACUGUCCAGCAAGUAGCACAGAAAGCAAGCAAGAAAAGACCAAGAGGGACCAUGGAAACCAAGGCACUCCAGAACAUAAACAGAGAAGUAAUCAGAGAGAUGCUGCUAACAAAGGUUAUUCCAGCAAUCAUAUCAAAGUGGCCUGAAGGUCUGCCCAAGGAUGUGGUCAUCCAAUGGGACAAUGCAAGGCCACACCAAGUUCCUACAGAUGAUGAGUUUGUGGCAGCAACAACAGCUAAUGGCUUUAACAUUCAAUUUGUUUUCCAGCCAGCACAGUCUCCUGAUUUGAAUGUCCUUGACUUAGGGCUAUUUAGGUCUAUACAAUCAUUGCAAUAUCAGUCUUUUCCUAGGGACUUAGAGGAGCUAAUUCAAAAGGUCAAACAGUCUUAUGACACUUUCAACCCUCAUGUAAACAAGUACAUCUGGGUUACAUUGCAAAAGUGUAUGAUUAAGAUACUCAAGGCAGAAGGUGGUAACAAGUACAAAAUACCACAUAUGAACAAAAAAAAGCUGGAAAACCUAGGUAGUCUUCCAGAUUUGGUAGAGGUUCAGAAAGAGGAUGUAUUGGAGGCUGUGGAGUACCUAAACACCAUGUUUAGGCCAGCAAAUCAAGGCACUCAAGAAGACACAGAAGAUUUGGAGGUGGAUGCAGAUUAG